GCGACCGUGCAGUUCGUUAAAGUGACGGUGAAUUUAUUAGCUCCAUUAGUGUCCGGAGCGCGUAGAAUUGAAAAACUCCAGUUCAACCAGUCACAGCACCCUGCAACGAUUACACAGCACCCAAAACACACACAGGCACGCAACUGCACCAUCAUGGCACCGGUGUGCGCAAGGACACUCACGCUUUCACUCUGCGGCACCACGCUUCUGCUGGUAGGUUUGCUAAUGGCCACGAUCCCGCGUGGCAGUGGGCAGGCGCUUAUAACACCGCUCGAUUCGCCACUGCUCUCGAGCAAGUACCGCGGGCUGCGCGAGGUAAUGUUCAACUUCAUCGGCCAGACGGGCAACAACAAGAAUAAGUUUCUCGUAAACCUCAAGAAGGGCAAAGUUCAAAAACAGUUCGGUCCGGAUGAACCGUUCUUCUGCAAUACGACCGGUAUGCGCAGUGAGACGGUUCCGACAUCGGUGGAUCGGUUACGGCCUGGCGAUAUCGAUAUUGUUGGCGCGAUCGGUGAUUCGCUGACGGCUGGAAACGGUGCGAUGGCGACCAACAUCCUGGAGGUGUUGAUCGAGAACAAGGGCUUGUCGUGGAGCAUUGGUGGCCAGGGAACGUGGCGUGAGUUUCUCACGCUGCCAAACAUCCUGAAGGAGUACAACCCGAAGCUGUACGGGUACCCGACGAAGGAUGGACUUUCGUCCCGGAAGUCAUCGCUGUUUAACGCCGCCGAGGGUGGUGCCAUGUCGCAGGACAUUCCCUAUCAAGCGCGGAACCUCGUCAAACGGAUGCUCUCCGAUCACAAAGUCGACAUUGCGAACCACUGGAAGAUGAUCACGCUCAUGAUCGGCGGGAAUGACUUUUGCGCUGAGAUCUGCUAUAUGGCCACGCCGGAAAAGAUCCUGCUGUACCACGAGAAGAACAUCGUCAGCGCGUUGCGGACUUUCCGGGACUAUCUCCCGAGGACGUUCGUUAAUCUGGCCGCAAGUCCCAAGGUCGACAUUCUGGCACAAUUCAAGAACAAACCCCAGGAGUGCGUAUCGAUGCACGUGAUCGAGUGCCCGUGCCUGCUAGCGACACGAUUCCGCCGACAGCGCCAACGCUUCGUCAAGCUGAUCGAGGACUGGAACAUGCUGCAGAUGGAGAUUGCCGCUCGGCCAGAGUUUCACAGCAAACCCGACUUCACCGUCGUGUAUCAGCCGUUCACCAUGAACCUUACGUUCCCGGAGACGCCCAGCGGUGGGACAGAUUUCACUUACAUGUCGCUGGAUUGCUUCCACCUCAGCCAGAAAGGGUACGCACUGGCCUCGAACGCACUGUGGAAUAACAUGCUUGAACCGGUUGGGGCCAAAUCCAUGAACUGGGAAAGGGAAUUCACACUGUUCAAGUGUCCCAGCGUGGAAAUGCCAUUCCUGCGUACGCCCGGGAACAGUUAGGAUGCGUCGGCGUGAUUGGGCCACGCGUGCUUGAGCGAAAUGUGAUAUUAAUCUUACCGAAUGGGGGGGUGGUCUUGGGCACCCGGUCGAGGAUUGUACGCCCACCAUUCACGUCAACUCACGUGCAAUUUAACUAAGCGAAGGUGAUAGGGUUAAAAGCUCAUCUUACAUCUCAUUGUGUUCAUUGGUAUGCAUAAAGGAUAACGGGUUCCAACAUCAGCACUGCCACCGUAACUACUCAUGACGGUGUUCUGCCGUACCUCUGCAUCUUGUGUGUGUGAUUUUUAAAUG